AUGUCUAAAAAAAUUCUGCGUACUUUGAAAGAGGGCCCUGCGGAAGAAAAUUACGAUGAUUUGCUUGUGUUUGGAUAUCAGUGCACGUUGUUCCGAGACGACGAGAAGGCCAUGUACAUCGAUCAGUGUCGCCAUUUGAUACCGUGGAUGGGGGAUGAUACUCUUCUUAUUGACAGGUAUGAUGGUCGAGGUCACCUGAGUGAUCUGAGUGCAUAUGAUAGUGACAUAAUGAAAAACAGGGGUUGGGAUGCACUGACUGAACGAGAGAAGCAGAUGGAGGAGAUGAUUGACCAAGAGAGGUAUCUCGACUUGUUCUGUGAUGUUGAGGAGAAACUUCUUUAUGAAGGUAUGUUCCGUUUAGUGAUGUACACUACCUGCAUUUUUUUCAAGGUACAAUAG